UGAGGUUGGGGGUGUCUUCAGAGGGAACUGCGGGAGCGGGGGUCUGCCAUGGCGUCAACUCCCGUGGGAAGCUUCCCUUUCCGGGACGGCGGAGUUUGUGCUCCGUGCGCUGCUCGCUAGGCUGUUUUACGCAUGCGCCGCCAAUCCGGCAAGCUUCGGACGCUCGCGGUAGCAGCCAGUUCGCAAUCGGGUGAAGGAAGAACGGCUCUGAAGGAAGAAGAAGGAGGCCAAGAGGCAGCAGCGGUGCACGAAGUGGACGGGAGCUACUACGGGAACAAGUGGACACCUUGUUAUCAUCAUCAUCCAUCCGGGGGGGGAAGCGUCAAUCCUGGUGCUAGUACCAACGAAAGCGCCAGCAACAGUCCUGACAACAACUGAAAAUACCAACAAACCGCCAACGGUUCAGCGAUAACACUGCCGCCGUCGUUAUCGUCGCCGCCGCUGCAUCUGCAUACCGCGUGUAGCAGCAGCCGCAAUUGUACUGCGCUGCCAGAUUGGAGCUUGCGUUCCUUCGUGCAUUCGCUAGCUAACAACAACAACAGCAACAACUGUGUCAGUUCGUCACCGCUGCAACACCAUGGCGCACUAAUCGAAUAAACUUCGCUUUGAUCAUCGUCAUGAAACUCCAUCUGUCAAACAGAGUUGACUCACAUUGGAAGUGUUCAUCUUCAUAGACCGACGAGUGUCAGACGUCUGUGUCAAGCAAAAGAAGAUGAAAAAUGAAGGCAAAAAUUAUUUUAAAAAAAAAAUAGAGACACCAGUAGAAACAGCAGUUGCAGCAUCAGCACAAAAUACACUCGUACAGAUAACCUAACUAAGAACCCCAUGUACGCAUUCAGUGGCGAGUGAACCUAGGUCCAUCGAAACCUCUGUGCUAACUGAUAUCAAUUGAACUCUAAAACAAAUCAGAAGCAACUCAGUCAGAGUCGGGUGUAGGCAAACAUGAAGCCGCUCUGCCGGCUGCAAUCGCCAGCACCUAACCUGCUGCUGCUGCCAUACCCAGCUUCUGGCGAAGGGGUCUGAAUACUCAAUGAGACGCACAAAGACGCGCGACUAAAGGCUCAAACACCAGCAGUAACGACAACAGGCGCGCUUAGUGUAAUGUGUACAUUUUAAAUCUGCAUUGCUUGGCUAGACGGACGGACGAAUGAACGAACCAGGCGCCGACACAAGAUAAGCACGAUCAGGAUUCAGAUCGCUACGGAUCUCCUCUCGAUUUCGUCUGAAAAAACAGGUUCAGGGAAUAGGCGCGUACAGUGGUUAUCAGUGGAACCUAUCUGUGGUGGUCGACGGUGUCGAAGGUAAUGACAAGUACAGAUGCUAGGCAACUCUGAAAGGUAAUGUCCAACUGUAAGAGGCACAGGGUUGGGUCAUAAAUGCAGAGUAUGUACAGAGUAGGAUCUAGGCAUGCGCCCUGAAGAACUGCGGAGGGGGGGACUGGUAGUUCGCUCAGGCAUAGUCAUUGAUCUUAAUUACGAAGGUCCUAUCUAUGAGGUUCGAGCGGCACGAAAUAAGCAGUACAAGAUCAAUCCCUAGAGAUCGAAGGUGCUGUUCUCAGACAUCAUCUCGUUGGGACUCUGGUUGGGAUGCCUUCAACUAUUGCGCUGCCGCUCGCCCGCGUCGCCGCGAUGUCCUUUCCUCCGCCGCCGUUUGAACUACUACUGCCGUUUCCCUGCUCGUCUAAGUUGCAUCUCCUUGAACUGCAUUAUUACAAUAAGCAGCAGCAGAAGAAGCGGAUUAUCAUCAGCUUUGUAUCUACCAGCAUCAACAGUAUCACCACGAACAACAACAGCAGCAGCAGCAGCAGCAACAGCAGCAGCAGAAACAAGAACUGGAGAAUCAGGACCGCACCCACGAGUAAAGCCGCAGCUGUCGCCUACGCCAUCUUGAACUACGCUAUCUCCACCACAACAUCCGUUGCCGCUUAUUGCACUAGCAUUGCCGUUUUGAUCUCAUUCUCAGCAGCAAGAUCAUUAUCCGUGUCGUCAUCAUCAUUGUACCGGUUAUUGUUAUCAGAAUCGUCCGCGAUUGUUGCCUUCAUGUUGUUGAUGUUGUUCUCGCCGACAUCGUCUUCAUUACCGUUAUCAUCGCUAUUAACGCCAUCGCUAAUUCCGCUUGAUUAUCGAAUUCUAUCUUUGAUGCCCAAAUCCCACGCACCAGCAGCAGCAGCAGCAACGUGCCCCGAGCUAAGCUCACGAGCUGAGGAAAUUGGCUCAAGCUGAAGACCAGCCCUUCCAACCAGUGAACUUCUGCCGUCGGACUGCAGGGAAUAUUAUAUAUAUAAAUAAAUAAAGCAUAGAAAAUAUAAAUAUAUCCGCAGCCGAUCCCAGAAGGAAGCCAGCGGUCUUUUGUGAAGUGUCGCAUUGGUGUUAUUCCGAUCGACUGCUCGUCGCCCAACGAUAAAAAACCAUUCAAAAAUUCUGUCUUAACCCCUCAUUCAAUAACGGUCUCAGGCAGCCUCAAACGUCCACAAUUAGUAGGCUAUUGAUGUCGCGUCGUCUGCAAUAUUGCUGCCAGUGAUUAGCGAGCAGGCAUCAUUCAGGCAGGAGCAGGCGUCGGGCGUGCUCUCCAAGUGCAGCACGCAUGACGCCCUCGACAUCAGAAACCGAUAGCCAAUAAUUAGGAAGGCACUUUUUUAAAAACUACAUCAUCCGCCAGCCGGUUGAGUUCCCAAUAGCUGCCUAGUUUCACGGGAAUCCAACAUGCUUCGUGCAUGAGCAGACGCAGUGUCUCCCACCACCAGGUGCGAGCAAGAUCGACCAAGCACUAGAGUACACACGUCGAUGCAGAUGGAACAGGUGCUCAUGCACCAAGAGGGCACAGCCGUGUCGCCAUCUGCAGCCCUACCUGCUCGGCUACAAACGGAUAACCCAAGCAAAAUUCAAGCUGAUCCGUACAAUAACUUAAAUGGCAUAAUAAGACGACGCACAGCCAGUUGGACCAGCAGAAUUCUACUCCCGUUGUUGACGCUACUGGCCGCAUUGCAGGUGGCACAAAGCCAUAAAACAAAGACCAGCGACUUCUACGAAUUGAGGCCUGGGCAAACUGAGCGCGGUCAGAAUAUCACGCAUAUACUCAACUCGUUCUUUACGAAAGGCUACGAUAAGCGAGUCAGACCCAAUUACGGAGGUCCCCCAGUAAAAGUAGGCGUCAGCAUGCAGAUCGUCAGUAUCAGCGCCGUCUCCGAAGUUCAAAUGGAUUUCACGUCGGAUUUCUACUUUCGUCAGUCAUGGCGAGACGAACGGCUCUCGUUCCCGGAAACGAACGAGCUGAGUCAGAUGACCGUAGGCGCAGAAGUCGCAGGCAAGAUUUGGGUACCAGACACCUUUUUCGCCAAUGAGAAAACGGCCUACUUUCAUAUUGCCACGACACCCAACACUUUCCUCCGUAUCGGAUCUGAUGGAGAUGUUUACAGAAGCAUUAGGUUAACGGUAACGGCCAGCUGUCCCAUGGAUCUCCGAUACUUUCCCAUGGAUCGACAAAGCUGUACCAUCGAAAUAGAAAGUUUUGGAUAUACAAUGAGUGAUAUUCGGUAUUCGUGGCGCGACGGUGAGAAAAGCGUGGGCAUCUCAGAGGAAGUACAAUUGCCCCAGUUCAAAAUUCAGGGCCAUGUACAGAAAGCUUCUGAGAUCUCUCUGUCGACAGGCAACUACUCACGGCUCAUCUGUGAGAUUCGCUUCGUCCGUUCAAUGGGUUAUUACCUCAUUCAAAUCUACGUUCCAGCUGGACUCAUCGUUGUAAUUUCAUGGGUAUCAUUUUGGUUGCACCGAAAUGCAACUCCAGCUCGUGUAGCGCUCGGUGUAAUGACAGUCCUCACGAUGACCACUCUUAUGUCAAGCACGAACUCACAGCUGCCUAAAAUCUCUUACGUCAAAUCUAUCGACGUCUACCUGGGAACCUGCUUUGUCAUGGUAUUCGCGUCCCUAUUGGAGUACGCAGCCGUUGGCUACCUGGGCAAGAGGGUCGCCAUGAGAAAAUCGCGAGCCCAGCAGCUAGCGCGCUUCCAGGAUCGUAAGCGACAGCAGCGGGUCCUCCGACAGCUCGGACCAAGUGUUGAUGAGAUGAGCCCUGAAAACGACCCUUUGCUGACCAAGAACUACAACUUCAACUUCACAGCACAGGCGCCAUGGGGUGGAGGAGCAACGGCACCUACUCCAUCGUAUCGUCCCAGUACUCAUCAGACACGAGAGCACAGUUCUGCUCAUCAGCGAGAUCGAACUCACCUCGAUGGGCGCAAAACUAGUCAUAUGUCAUUAAGUGGAGGUGGCCAUUUAAAUCCCAAUGGUAGAGAAAGGGAUGCUGUUUCAGGUGGUUUAAAGCUUCAUCAUACAGAGGCAAGUCUAAAGCACGCCCACCACAACGCGCCACAUCCCUUACAAGAAGGGGGUAACAAAAGCCAUUACUAUCACGGGGCUAAACACUACUUACUGGUGGACAAGAACAAAAACACUUACAGCCAGGAUCAGAAUAAGGUGGAUGAAAUAGAGAAACAAAUCCGAAGCGAACAUUAUUCGUCUUCGAACCCCGGAGGAGGUACUCAGUUGGCCGGUACAGGAUCCGCCAAUUUGAAUAUGAAGCUAAACAGCGUGACGCCGCGUGGUCCAACUUCAUCGCUUCCAACCGGCGGCGCAACAAUUAGUUACUACAAUACAAUAAAUAGCAAACAUCUCCUUGGCGAACGUCAGCCGCAGAGCAAUCAUAACAACUCGUCGAACCUAAACAUUAUGUCCAAUGCUAACCUGAUAAAUAGCAAUUAUAAUAUGACAAACAAUGUAAAUAUGUUCAAUAUGAACAUGCUCGACAACCACUACAACCUUAAUGUAAACAACUAUCUCAAUCAGCAGAUGAACAGCCUUAAUCUAAGCAAUCUGGCCAAUGGGGGCCAAAGUGGUGGCGGCAACGGCGGCGGUGGCGGCGGCCAUAACAUAGCUGGCAACAAUAUCGGGCCUCCCCCAUCCCAUUACGCGACAAUGCCGCUGCCGACCCACCAUCGAGAAGGCAGGUCACGACUUACAACAAUCGAUCACCUGAACAACUCUAUUAUAAACCCACUCGCAAUGGAUGAGAUGCGAUUGGGAGGUCUGAACCAAUGUGACUCUAAGGUAUCUCGUAAAGCGUCACUCUCGCCGGAUGCUAUUGGCGGCGGCAGUAUUGGCGGGGGAGCGCUUCUAAGUCCGGGCGUGGAGUCGGUCCUUUUACAGAACCCGAACAAGCUUUGCGGGGUCAAUCCGAGUGACAUUGACAAAUAUUCUCGAGUCGUAUUCCCCGUGUGCUUCGUCUGCUUCAACCUGAUGUACUGGGUUAUCUACAUGAGGAUCUCCGACGUGAAGUACGCGGAACCUACUGUGCUCCAUUAGUGUUCGUGGAUCCCCUUUGCUUUCGUGGUCGCCUGGAUCGUUCUGGACCUAUCUAUUCGUUUGGUUGGAUGAUACUGGCUUAACCAGCCUCGCGGCUUCUCCCUGAGGGAAAGCCCGAGGCCUCGUCGAAAGUUAGACAAGGGCAACGAGCCGACCGCCCAAACUAACGACAACUCAGCUGCAAGCGCAGCAACAGUCGUCGCAGACAGAUUUCUUUGCUUGCGUGGGCCCUUAGCCAACUGCCUGUGGUUCUCGGUUGAUGAUGUCCUCAGAGAAGUCGGAGCACCAAGGCUCGUCCUUUUGUUCUAGCGCCUCUUCAUCUAUUCCGAGCCCGGCUAUUUGUUCUCGCACCCGUUGCUGUUGUUGCUAUUAACGCUUCAGUCCGUUCUUUAUUCUAUUGUCCAUUCAUUAUCAUGAUAUAGACCAAGUAAGUUUUACUAAAACUUACUUGGUUAUUAGUAAUAAACGAGCAAGUGGCUACGGAUGUGCGAUGUCGACCUUACCGAUGAUGCUCAAGUCUGUUGAAAAAUCCCAUAUUUGAUAUAGAGCAGGGUUAGUUGUAUAUGUAAUUGGUAAUAACAACUUAUAGGCCAUCAUGUGCAAUUAUAUACAAUAGUGAUAAAAGUUACAGUAAUAACAAUUAGAUACUACCGACGUAGUUGGUACUGCGCCGUUGCAGGGGUGCUUUUGAUCAGAAGUUGAUUUUGAAAAUUUAGUUUGAAAAAAAAAUUGAUUGUUGACAGAUCCAGAAUUAUAGGUCCAGGCCAUUCUUUGCGCUUGGUUGGCGCCAUUGGCCAUUAGCUUCCUUUAAAACCUCGUGCCAGCCAUUUGUUCGACGAUUGCCACUAGUCCAAUCGGACAAACACCCGACCGCGAGCGUACACCGCCAACGGUGCGGAAGCUUUUGUUCUCGCGCGUUCUGGUAGGUCGAAUCGUUCGUCUAACGGGAAAUGUUACAUUUACAGUAGUACCUAAUAGGAUAUUUACGUAUCGUAUUGCGAGAACCGUGGUAUGCGUUGUAAUUAAUCAACUAAUGAGUAAAUCGGUGAAUAAAUGCUAUUAAUUGACAAGUAGCGCCACCACACGGCCAGCAAAUCUGUUCACAAGCGCCUUCUUUGGCCGGCAGGGUUUGGCAACCUUUUCUUCAAGGCGGGCGCAGUGGGCACGAGAUCUACAGACCGCAUAACGCAGACAUCAGGACUAUUCAAGCUGCAUGAGACUCGCAAUGAUGAACCAUAGUAAUGGUUACGAUGGUGAUUCCCACCCGAGGGUUAUCAUCAGUUGAGCCUGGUCUCGAUUGAAGAAAUACUUACCAAAACGAACGAAGUUCUGACUGAGUGAGUAGACAACGACCCUGGUUCAGAUUCUUGCAGCAGCAGCAGCACAGCUGACACACGCUCUACACACACACACAUACACAUAUACAUGUUGAUGGAUGACGGAUAUAAUGAAAGCAGAAAGAAGUUUAAAAAACUAACUAGAAGAUAACAAGAAAAACGCUAACACAGAGCAACAAAUAAAGACAAUAUCUUCGAUGGCGGGCUAGCUAACUGCAAAGGAGAACACGGACCGCGAAAUUACAAGACGAAGCAGGGGACUACGGCCAAUGAAUAUGUCCAUAGACUAUUACUGUUACCUGCACUAUUGCAGCUUCAAAUACGAUUAUUGUCAGCACUACGUGAUUAAACAAAGAAUAGAAUAGGAAAUAUAAGAGUUAGAACACCAGUAUUUGCUAUUUUUGAUGAAUUACAAGCACCUGCACAGGUUAAUGAUCGGGAGUGUCGAAAACAAAAAAGCGAACGGUUAAUGGCUGGUGUUCUGAGGAGAAGCAGCCGGAUAAAUGAUGUGACGACUAGGCUCGUGCUGUUCGUCCUGGUGGCCUUAGAUGCCAGCCUCGGAAACCACGGCAGACCUUACCUUGCGGUUGUUGUUGUUGUUGUUGCUGCAAGAUACGCUGCACAUCGAUGUGCGCUUCAGCUUCCACUAGUUCCCUAUGAAAUCAACACCUCCAUUGCGAUAUGGUCAUUUGCGUUUCUUAGUCCUAUAUGCACGUACACAAACGCAAAGAUCUAUACAGACAAACGCAGCAUCAUUAGCAUAUGGUGGUACACGCGCACGCACACACGCAGUUUUAAUAUACGCCUAAAAAUCACACAUAUAUUAGUUACAUACAAUAUUAUCACCUAGAUAUAUAUUACCAAACAUGUUUGCGAGUCGUCCUAAACAACUCACGUUAUCUGAUGACGGGCCUUCUAUGGCGAAUCUCCCGCACUGGUGGACGUAAGUACUCGCCCACACAGACGUCUUCCAAGGAUGUAGAUAGAAGUAUAUAGACACGGAAACAAUUAGCUCAGAGUUAGUAAAGAAAUUCGUCGGAGAGAGGAAUUUACUGCGAAAAAAUCUCUUAUGCGUUAAAGCACAGCCGUAUCCAAUAGAUUCCUCGUAUACAAACCCUAGCCUAGCUUUUGUGUCACACUGAUUAGUUCGGUUAAUUUUAAUCGUAUGAGAAGUAAUCCUGGACAUCAUAGCCUAAAAUCAAAGAGAAAUACAAAUAAAAAUCAAUGUAAAACAAUCGUCUGCAGCCAGCAGCGUCGAGGUACGCACUCAGUCAGGUUAAGUGAAGUAACGGUCGUAGCUGGCGAUUUGCUCAAACAACAACACAGAAUUGCAGUAUAUUUAUAAAUCAUAAACAAAAGUAUUGUAAUUUUAAUAGAAAUGUAGGGAGCACCCCAAACUCUAUAACCAUAACAAACGAUGUCAUCGUACUGUCAUAAAUAACAUAAAUGGACCAGAGAGAUAAACGAUAAAAUGCGUGGUUUACGCUCCUAAAAGUUCACACAAUGUGACCACACAGGUACAGAUACGAACGAAGAGAAAAUAGUUACAAAAGGCUAAAUAUAACACCGAAUUACAACAACACAAAGACGACAUCAAGAUGCCGAUCAGAAUCCUAUAAAACAGGUUGCUAGCCCCUAAUUUCCAAACAUAUUUAGCGAGUUGUAGCGAAGUAGGGAUUUUAGGCUAGAAGUCGGAGAACGCCAUCCUAACCGUAAGACACAAACAGAAAAACAGAGACUGACAUAAAUGCCGCAAAGUGUUACACCAUUAUAUAGAACAAAAGCCAAGGAGAAUGACAGCUCAGGAGCGAAAAAGACGAAAGACGAAAUAUAGAGAAACGGAAUAGGUAAAGAAGGGACCGCUUACACUCCAACUAGAGCUCCCCUGGGGGUCGUUUUGGGGGCCGAACAGAGCACUGUGCACCCGUACACCCACACAGCCAGCCACCCGCCCGCCGGCCGGCAGAGUUAGGAACGCACACGAGUUUGACAGUUCAGCGGCCACAGCUACGAAAUCAAGUGGCUGGCGUUGCUGGACAGCUGCCAGAAAAAGCUCAUAAUAGCAUCUGCACGGGCCACUACCGCUAUGCAGCUUGGUCUUGAAACCACGGCUCGAGUGCGCACGGCUACUUCGCUUUCAACGGCCUACGAGGGAUCGCCUUCGGAGUUUCAGCAGGACACCGCCGCCGCCACCGCCGCUUGAUGCCCAACAGAAAAAGCAGCAGCAGCAGCAGCAGCAGCAGCAGCAACAACGUCAUCCAUAAUAAUGGUGAACUAAAGGAAAGACACCGACAAUAAAUUUAGUAAUAACAACACAGUCAACUAACUGCUAUAUACUAUAUACGGUUACUGUUAAUAAUAUUAUUACUAUCUGACUACUAUAUAAUGAAGAUUCAUAUUAACAUUAUACCGCUACCAUAUCACCCACUUUUUGCACGCUACGUACUUGGCGUGGUGCACGGAAUACAUACGCAGUCGCAGCAGCAGCAGCACAAUGAUAUUGUCGCGCAUAUCGAGUACAAGGAUUAUACUGUCGUAGUAUAUUACUCAUAACAAAUCACAACUCUGCACGAAUAUUAAGAAAUAACGGAAGCAGCAAGUACCCCCCACAACAUAAUAUUUUGACGAUAUGACGAUGGCCAGAUACAAAGCAAUGGUACACAUUAAAGUAUUCAUUAAUAGUAAUUGUGUUACGCAGAAAAAGAAGCGAGAAGAUGCAAAAAUGAAGGCUAUACUGUAUAAACGGCAGUAGUCGAGAGAACAUACGCGUAAUUAUAAAGCUACUUCUCUCGAGCCACAGAUGAUUUAUGUCAAGUACAUCAAUGGUAACACAGCUAUGGACGGCGUCGGACAUCCUCAAUGGAUAAUCAAACAAAAGACAAGGAACAAACUACGUUCAGGAGGAGCGCCACUGCAGCCUUCGUUCGUGCCAGAAUAAUUAUUGCCAUUACCGUUCGUUAUCUUUAUUGUCGACACGAUUAGGAAGCGUGGCACUCCUGGGCAGGCUAAGCAACGGUUGUCAAAGCCCGUUUAUGUUCUGCUGUAACAACCCGUCAACAACGAACGAAAGACAAGAAUAACAAUAACAUAGUAAAAGGUGAGCGUCUGCGAAGUUAGCAGUAGCCCCUAUAAACCGACAAAAUACACAACAAAUAAAAGCAAAAGCACAGCCCUAAAGAAAAAAGAAGGUACCCUAUAGCAUGCUCUUUUACUUAAAGCCCGCUCAGUCCAUCAUGGAACGAAGUAAAAAACAAACAAAGAAUGGCAAGAGAAAGAAAGCAAAUGAAGAUUCAGCGAACCGCUGAAUUUCGUGGACUGAGAUACGUUGUAUCCAUUCAAUCUUCGAUCAAGUUUUUGGCUUUUAUCGUACGUGAGCAGAUCGACGACGAGAUAUCCAAUGAUGACGAAUGUGGCGACGAGCAACGAACUGGUCAGCUAAUUAAUAACCAAUACUCAUACCGUGUGCAAUAUUUAUUACGCUACUACAUAAGAAUGAUGAGGAAGGGAACGAUAAUAUCAUGGUAACAUUACUCAAACGAACGUUUCUGGUCACGCAUUAAAUGAUACAAUUGUACCCAUACCCAUCCACCGAUGAACAACCCAGUUGAUAACCUAUUAUUCUGAUCACCUCUUAAAUUAAAACACCUGCGGUUCGUAACAGCGGUGUUGCUGAUGUGAAGACCUGAAUUGAAAAUCGUAAAGGAUCUAGAAGAAAGAAAUCGAAAAGGUUGGCUAUAUGAGACAAACAGAAAUAGAACAAAGAAUGACGAUAAAUGCGGAACUCCCUGUUACGCCCUCCCUACCUAUUUCGUUCCCCGUCGACCCCCAUCCAGUUCAUGGGUCAUGCUGUAUACCGUCAACACACUAUUCUCUGAUCGAGCAGUAUCCAAGGCACUAUACUGAUACACUUUUGUAAUACGAACCUUGAUCCUACCUACAGACCAUUAGCACUCCGCCUUAAUCCGAUCUGAUCCUAUCCACGACGUUGUACACUAUGUACACUAAUCCCCGUGUACCAGCCAAUCACCAAAUCAAAUAACCGGAAAGUAACUUACAUUUAACGAUUAUUAUCUAUAUAGAUAUAUAUAUAUAUAUAUAUAUAUAUAUAUAUAUAUAUAUAUAUAUACUUUCUGACAAGUAAGUAAGCACACAAUAGGAGACGUUAAUGCUGAAAGUGUAUGAGUGAUCUGUUUGUUACCAUUAGAUAUAAAGCAGAUAUUCACAUAGUAUUAUAUAGCACCAUCGAAAAAAGUCAUCGGUAGCGCAAACCAACGACGAAAGCAGAACAACAGGCGUCCAUUGUCAUUUGCGUUGAACGCUAAUAAGAACAAAAAAAACCCGUUGGUUAUGAACGGAUGAAAGCAAGACGGGUCUCAAAUCCCAGCAUGCACACACAGUCAAUGUUUUAUACAUAUUUCGUAGAGACGAUACCGUAAUGUGUCAGACCACCGUGGGCAAGCCGAUGAAUUACAAAAUGUUAUCGUUGAAAAAUCGCCUCGAAGCAAACUCAUGGCAAUUUAUGUAUCGAUGUAGCUCGUUAGGUUCAUUUAGAAAGCCUCUGUUACAGACUGAGUUGGUGCUUAACAUAACAGUAACAGACGAUCGUCUUAUAAGCGAUAGGGUAGGGUAGGGUAGGGUAGGGUAGGGUAGGGUGGUACACGUUAUGAAAGGCAAAUCCCAAAAAGAAAGAUCUGCAAAAAAGGCUAGACGUGCAGUUACGUGAUGUUACUGCUACUAGAGGAUUCGGUUCCUAACGUCAUUCACACAGAUGUUGAGAUCAGUGAUGAUCGAACCGUGCGAUAUAAUGCAGCCGGAUUUACCUAGCGUUUUUAAACACAUCGGGUGUAUCGACGCCGGUUUUGCCCCCGUAUCGUUAUAAAACGCGGCUUCUGCUUAGCACAGACUUGAGCAGGGUGGAUGGGCCAAAUGGCACGAAUCCGGAAAACGCUGUCUGUCUGUGAGUGAGACAGUACGUGUAAUACCCAGCUAACAAGCUAAGUAUCCGAACCGAUUAACGAUACCCCACAGAAUGCUUGGUACCCAUCAGUGUUGCGUAUUAAUACAAAUCUAAAAUAAUGGAAACAGUUACAGUAUUCGUUCGCGAGGCUACGUAAUCGUAAAAGCAUAAACAAACAAGAAUCGAUAAAUCGUAUACAAAAAAUACAGUCGAUUCGUGCGACGCCGCUACGUUCGCUGUAGUCAUCGUUUAACGUGCGAAUUUGCCGAACGUAACCGUUCUUCCUGAAAUUAAAGUCUUCCACAUUUUAUAUAACACGUUUCAAUGUUUUAAGUUCUAGCAAGUUAUAGCUUAUGGAUGGGGUGACGUACUAUAAUAGAUAGAUAGAUAGAUGAGACACUGCGUCGCCUCAUGUUCAGUAUAUAAAUAUAUGACGAUUAUGAAGACUAGAACUAUAUAUAUCUUGUUGUAAACGCAUGUCUGCUGUGUAUGGUGCAUGCAAGCUAUGAUCGAUUGCGAGAUAGAUAAAAAAGAGUCAUAUAAAAUUGUACGAUUAUAUAUACAUGCGUGUGAUUAUAUGUGUAGAUAUAGAUACAAGAAUACAUCCGCAAUUUCAUUUGCUACUUCGCCAGUAUUUAUAAACUAAUGAUGGUUUUAUUAGAAAAUAAAUGCAAUUAAGAGAAAUUUCGAAAUUCCUGAUCCACUUCCCCCAGUCAAUCUUACAGGUGAUUAUAUAGAGAAGAAUUAACUGAAAAAUCCAUAAAAAAUCAUCCUCGAAUUCGGGAGGUUUAAUUUACUCUGGCUUGAUGUAGCCAAUGGCUCAUAUAUCAUUAUCCAUUAAAAAAAAACACCCAAAAAUGUCCAUAGCUUUUCGUAUCGGCCAUCAGUUACCUUAUAAUUGAUAAGAUUCAAUCGAGCUCACACCCGAGAUCAUUUUUGCUUUGUUUUGGAUAUUCUAUCCGGGCCACUGGGCCCACUGUCUACCAUGAAAGACACAUCUACAAAUGAUGCGAUUUUCAAAUACUUUUUUUAAGAUCUUUUUUAACAUCUACCGCGAAUGAGGUAGCAGCUUUGCAUGAGCUUACGUGCGUGUCUCUCUCUCCCCCCUCCCUCUCGAUGUAGCGAUAUAUAUGUCUACGUGCGUUAAUAUACAAGACAUUAUAUAUACACACAUACAUAUGCAUUAUAUAUGUGUGGGUGUGUAUAGAUCGUUUGUAUAGUGUACAAUGUUGUACAAGCAUCCCGUUUAUUUACACGCAUGUGCGUAUAAGUACAACAAAAACACUCUUUAUUUAUUUCAUUCUUGUAUUAAUAUAUGCGUAAGUUUAUCGGAGUCAAAUAUAUCGCAGAACUAUAACUGUUCGAUUAUCGAUAGUUCUAAGUUCACUCAUUUGUUACCAAAUGUAUUGAUAACUAUAAAAAGGAGGCCUAAGACACUUUUUCUGGUUUAUGUAUUUCGCCUGCAAAGUCGUUAUUUUAUGGGUCGUCGACAAGUGAUUCCUUUUUUGUCCGUUUAGACACAAAGUACUGGUAUUUUCCACUAAACUGGAAAUGAACUCCCACUGUUAACCAUAACAAUUAGUAUAAUGAGGACAUGUAUGCCUUUAUAUGUAUAUGUGUGUGUAUGCAUUUCUGAUUGUGUAGUAAUGUGCAUGUGUGUAUAGGUAUGGAAAGAUGUAGACAAACAUUUACAUGCAUGAGCGCCCAUUGAUUGCGUCAAUAAAAUCAAUAUUUGGAGUAAAGUUAAGGUUCUAGGCCACAGAAAUGUCUACGGACGAAAACAUUGAACAAGCAAAACGUUAUGCCAAAUUUGUGAUCAAAUCAACUGUAAAAUCAAAAUAGCCCCCCGUAGACAAUAAGGCAAAUUAAAUAGCCGUAAUCUUAUUCUGGUCCAUCUAUCCAUAUAUACAUACAUAUAUAUAUACAUACAUAUAUAUAUAUACAUAUAUAUAUAUAUAUAUAUAUAUAUAUAUAUAUAUACAUACAUAUAUAUAAUACAUGGACCUAGAUAAAGGUGUGUAUGCAUUUCUGUGCAUUACGCAAAAAAUCUUGGUCUUCAAAAUAUUUUCAUGUAAUUCCGUAAUGGCGUAGUAAUUGACGUAAUUGGGAGCUGAAGCAAAUGAAGGGCCUAAGUUAUAUGUCGUUGGGGCUAUUGGGUAUAUGUGUACCCUGCUGUUACCAAAAACAUUUCAAUAUGAUAGGUUGGAAAACUUUUCCAGCUACACCUAAGAAUCAGGCAAAAUUACUGGCCUAGUGGCUGUCUCUAGAGGCCAUACCAGAAUACUCGUCUAUCGUUUUGAGUUAAAGUUCGUAGCCAUCUACAAAAAAAGGUAAUCCAUAUCCUAGGACAAAAAAAAAUACAUUUUUAGUAUAAGAAUGAAUUAUGCAAUUGAUAACACUCUUCCAGUCAUAUAGAUUUUCAUCAAUAUCUACCAUAAACUAAUAGAGUUCAGUGAGUACUAUAAAAUAUUAGUUUCUUGCUGCAGCCAAGAUUUUUCGCAUACUGUAUAUAUACAUACACAUAAACAUAUCUUAUUAUAUAGUAGGUACCCUCUACCUGAGGAGAAACAAAAAUGGUCAGAGCGAAUGCCACAAACAACCCAGGAGGGAACUGUCUGUUUACACAAAAAGUGCUACUUACGAGAUUAUCACCGGCUAAGAAUUUUUUAGUCGACACUAUGGGACAGCCUCAUCUUUUUGUUAGGAGUACGAAGAUCCGAUGCCGGAUGCUAUUAGACACAUAUAAAAAUUUCUAUAUCAUUAUUAUAUUGGCGAUAUAGAUUGCCAGUUGACUUCCUCCUGGGGCCAUGUCGAAGUGCCGUCAGUGGUAGCAUAGACGAAGCGUGCGGUUGGCGAGGUAUCAGCAGGAGCAGACUGCCGCCACCGCUCGUCGCCGUUCCUUUUACAAACCACAGCAGUUAUAUGCGGCAAUAUGAGGUAUCCUCUGGUCGAGCCUCGGCCAGCCCCUAUCCGGCAAGGGAUCUUAUUAGAGUACAAAAUAGAACGAUCAAAGUUAUCAACAAGCGCAAGCUGAAAAAUAUGACUUCGGGGGCAAAGAAUGAUCAGCUGAAGAAAUAGACCGAUUGGACAGCAGCUCCUUUGGACCUCACCGAUCGACUAAGACAAACAGCAGCCAAGAGGUGACUGCAAAUAAAAGCCCUCUGGGAUCGCUAUUGUCUGCGGCAUGCAUACGGGUUAGAGCUGCCAAGAAAAGCUGCAGUCGUGAAGUUAAUCGUUCGGACAGUUUUUAUUCAGCUCUCUUCAUAUUACUAAUUUUAGAUGUAAAUCGUUUACUGAAGAUGUGUCGUUUACAAGGAAGGGCAUCAUAGCAUGAACGGCAAUGAGGCGACAGCUCCGUAUAAUAAACGUGUACACGUAGUGACACUGCUACCUAAGAAGUAUUAAAAAAAUCUAUUUUCAGUAUGCAUUUCUUCCCAUGGGCUCGUGCUAUAUCAGCUAUCCUUUGCCUUGGUUUACUCCAACCUGGUCCAGCACAUUAUUGCUAACUGAUGUGAACUUCUUCAAAUUUAUCCAGCUUACAUUAGGUGCAGCUAUACUUGUUAUUGCGCUAAGCUCACACCAGUCCUGGACAAAUACGCCAUCCCUAAGCCUGAUCCUGCUACCUACUGGCAACACGUUCUCGCCAACCCUUACCCACGUCCGGACGUUAACUUCGAAUUGGGUAGAUUCUAUGACAAAUAAGAAACACGUUUGGAAUAAGUGCGUCACAAGCGAAAAUAAAUACAUCAUUAAUAGUAAUAACAUAAAAACACAAAUGGAAACGUAAGAUGGACACCAAGAACAUACUACUAGCAUAAUAG